AUGCUGGAGCCUCAGAAAGCAGGCUGCGUGGACGAGCUGGUGGCGUUUUCACCCUGCCUGCCCUUCGUGUCGGACCCUCCAAACAACGCCUCUGACUCCGUUGCUCCACAGUGCCGGGACGUCUUCGCUUCUGCUUUUAAAUCCGGCGACGGUUACUGUUUCUGUUACGUCCUCCGGCAGCCAUUGAUAUUUGGGUUCCCAUUGAACAAAGAAAGGGUCGCUUCACUGCCUUCUUUUUGCAUGGCCCAGAACGGCGUCUCUUCUCUGGACUCGCUCUGCUCUUCAGAUGUACCAUCGUUGCCGCCAUUGCCAAGCACCACAGAUUCAGUGACAUUGAAACCAUCCAAUUCUCAUAAUGAUUCAUCGGAUUUGGCGGACUUGCCUCCGGAACCCGCUGUAAGGUUGCCAACACCGCCGAGUUCAUCAGUAGAUCAAGCUAUGUUUUCUUCUGCAACAAACCAGGUUUGGAAACAAAGAACUUGGUUCCUUCUGGGAUGA